AUGGCAGAAGAUGAAUCGAAAAAUAAAAAACAAAUCAAAAACGAACGAUCGGAUGAGAAUUUGAAAAUCAAAAAAUCUGCAUCAGACGAUAAAGGAAAUACAAAAAUGAAAAAAAGCUCAUCAAGAGAUGUUAUAACUCGAAGAAAAUCGAAAACGAGAAAAUUGACACCGGUUUUGGAUCUAUCGAAACGUUUACAAAAUUCGUUUCGGAAAACGAAUGACACUAAAUUUCGAUUGCUGUAUAAUAGAGCAAAAAAUAAAAGUCAAAAUAAGAUGGAGUAAGUUAUCUAGGCAGAAACAAAAAGCUACUUAUUUCAUUUCAGAAAUCCUGAAGAAAAUGUGAAAAUCCUCGAUGUUCCUGGAGAAUAUGAUGCAAUUGCCAGCGAAUCUGAGAAUGGAUAUAUAUUUACAGUUAGUGAAGGGCCUAUGAAUAAUGAGAAUAAUGGAAGGCUGUUCAUAAAUGGUGUGCCAUUUUGGGCGACGAAAGAGGAAAAACCACCGAAUAGUGGGACUGUGCAAGUAUCGGAUGCUUUGAAAGAAUUGUUGGAGAAAAAAUUGACGCUGGUUAAAGAAAUUCCAAAACCGUGAGUGGAUCGAUCUAAUUUUAAAAAUGUUGGAUUGUUUGAAUGUAAAUAAGCCUAGGUUACUGUAGAUUAGUUUUGGCGCGAAAAUUUGGAAUUUCUUGGAAUCAAAUAAGCUUGGGUUUGGGUUACUGUACAUAGAUAGUUUAAACUCAAAAAUUUGGAAUUUUUUGAAUAUAAAUGAGCCUAGGAUUAGGUUACUGUAGAUCAGUUUUACAAGGAAUGGUUUUCAAUGUUCCCCCAAGGAAAAAAUCGAGAGUAUGUGGAAUGUUAAGGGUUCCCGUGGUUAAGAAAAACCCUAACGGGAAUAAGGAGAAAAAUGCCUUAUUCUCGAGAAAAAAUGUAUUUUAGGUCGAUUUUUACACCACUUUUUGAUUUUUAGAGCAUCUGUAACUCGAUUUUGAAUCUAUUUCAUGAACUUUUGAGUCGUGGAAGUUGUUCAGAAUGGUCGAUUACGUGUUUGUGAAACUUUUUAUCAAAAAAUUAGACAUUUUUUUAAAUUUGGUUUUUUUAGUCGGGGUUUUUCUGAUCAAAUGGUCACCAAAAAACACAAAAAAUAAUUUUUUCCAUUUUUCAAAUGAACGGAACUUGAAAAAUUUAUGACGGUCAACAGACGUAAUUUGGUCCGUAGAAUCCAAAAAUCAUAGUCUCGAUUCACACAAACUUCUCCUUCACAACGAAAACGUUGAUUUUCUAUGAAUUUUUCAAACUGGAUUUUUGAUUUAGUGGACUUUUGGGACCAAAAUUAUUUUAUUUCUAAUUUUAGUCAAAGUAAUACUAAAGUACGCCGUUUGCGCUACAAAUGGAUUUUUAGACUGACAUUUUUCAUCAAUUUUGAAAAAAGUUUCGAUUUUUUCAAAAAAUUUCAUCGCAAAAAUCAAUAACACCAAAAUUUUCUAAAACAAGGCAUUUUUCUCCUUAUUCCCGUUAGGAUUUUUCUUACCCACGGGAACCCUCAACAUUCCACAUACUCUCGAUUUUUUCCUUGGGGGAACAUUGAAAACCUUUCCUUGUUAGCGCGAAAAUUUGGAAUUUUUUAAAUGUAAAUGAGCCUAGGCCUGGGUUACUGUAUAUAAAUUCAACUCAAAAUAUUCGGAGUAGUACUGUAGAUCAAUUUCCGAGCUUUUGAAUAUUUGAAUUUUUUUGGCGCCAAAAAUCCACGUGGAAAAUUUCAAGUUUGAAAAAAUUGGACCUACGCUUGUUUGAACUCAAAAAACCUGGAUCUUCAGCCCAAACCUUAGGCUUACCCCAAAUUCUUAACCCACGCUUUUUCGAACUUGAAAAAUCCCAAAGUUUCUUGUUCAGACAAGAUCUUGAUAAAUAUCACGAGCUUCCAACAAUGACAUCUCGCGACAAAGAAUAUUUCGAAACACCAAAUCGGAUAUUAUCAAAUACAAUUCGAGCUUUAGUUGUGACAAAUGGAAAUGUGAAACGAUCAAAUACUCCUGGAUCAAUUAAACCGUCGAUUGUUGGAUUUCAAGUGCCGGAUGUUGUUUAUAUUUAUAAUCGGAAGAAUCGAAUGGAAGAAAUGAAGACUGUUAAAUUUGUACAGGGCACUUUUGUGAAGAAGAAAAAGAGUAUUUUGUCGAAUUUUUUGGAUUAUAUUUAUUGA